UCAAUUCAGAAUCGUUUCAUCACUCGUUGGAGUAACAUCGCUCUUGAAAGCGCUCUCUCUAUUUAGGCUUUCAACUCCUUUUUAUAUUUCUGAGCAACAAGUUUUAUCCGGUCGCGGACACUUGUAGGUUUUUUGUUUUGCGGAGGAGAUUCGAGUUUCGCGUGACGUGACGAGGCGAGAGAUAAGUGUUCCUAGACCGAGUGAAAGUGAAAAGUCACGAAUAGAAGCGGAUAAUUGAGCCAGUACAAACGCAAAAAAAGGAUACACCGGAAAGUGAUUAAAUAGUGCCUUAUGUGAAGACAAAUCAAGCUGAAAAAUAAGCAAAGAUAGUGACUGACAAAAAGGAUAUAUGGAUCAAAGUGAAAUCGUGAAGGGAGAUAACUGAUAUUAAGUGAAGUGAAAAAAUCGGAACUUAUAAAACGGAACAAAGUUGGAUAACGUGAAGCACAGCAGCAGAAAGAUGGUUACCGGAGUUGGAACCGCAACUCAACAAGUUGGCGCUAUGCCGACCACUUCCCAAGUCACACCGGCGGAUCAGCCGAUUAAACGACCCAGCGAUAACCGAAGAAGUAAUAAACCAAUCAUGGAGAAACGUCGUCGCGCUCGUAUCAACAACUGCUUGAACGAGUUGAAGACACUGAUCCUGGAUGCCAUGAAAAAAGACCCCGCUCGUCACUCCAAACUGGAGAAGGCCGAUAUUUUGGAAAUGACCGUCAAACAUCUGGAAAACCUUCAGCGCCAGCAAAGCGCCAUGUCCCAGGCCACUGACCCGAAUGUAAUGAACAAAUUCAAGGCGGGAUUCAAUGAGUGUGCCCAGGAAGUGAGCCGAUUUACCGAUAUUGACCCAAUGACCCGCCGUCGCCUACUCGCACACCUCAGCAACUGCAUCAACGGCGUUAAAGCAGACCUUCCAAAACCUCGUCAACCGGCCGUCCAAGUACACAUCCUCCCAUCGCCACCAAGCUCCCCAGAGCAGGACCACAGUUCUCAGCCCCAUCCGGCCCAGAUCAAUGCCAUCCAAACUGGGAACGGAGUUUACUUCACCAACAAUGUCGGCUCCAGCGUGCAGCUCAUCCCAACCAAGCUACCCAACGGAAGUCUUGCCUUCGUGCUCCCGCAAGGCAUCCCUGCAGCAACCGCUCCAGUUCCGAUGCUUGUGCCGAUCCCCAGCCGCACCGCCUCCACCGGGUCUGCAUCCUCCAGCCACUCGUCCACCUCCUCCUCUGUGUACGAUCGCGUGCCGCGAGAACACGCGACUUCCCCAUACCAUUCCCCACCAAGUCCGGCAACGUCCAACUACGAACCGAUGGACUGCCACUCCUCGAUCUCUCAGGAACAACAGCAAUACCUCCACUCUCAGCAGAUGCGCCUGCAGCAACAGCAGCAGCAACACCAUCAACAGCAACAACAACACCUGCAGCAGCAGCAGCAACAACGAUCAUACAGUCCCGACAGCCCGUUAUCGCUGGUCAUGAAGAAACCCUACCAGGACCAGAACCUCAACCAGGACGACGACAAACCUUGGCGUCCGUGGUAAAUCACCCAUUGCUCCCCUCUCAAGCGGGAAUGUGGGAAACCCUCGAGUCAUCAAACAAUUAGUACCUUAGCGAUCAUCGGGCUCGUCGUCGGAGACGGCAACGGCAGCCGGAAAUACAGUGAAGAGUGUGGUCUACAAGUGCGUUCGCUAAUCAUGCCCGCGAAUGCUUUUCGACAGCUUGGGCGGCUCGCGAUUACGACGUCUGCUCCCUACCCGAGAAGAUUGUAUCACGGCGACAAGGCGAGAGGUCACGAGCCGCCGCGUUCGCACACUCUCUCCGAUCAAUCCGCGGGAGAGGACGAGAUACCGCCACAAUGUGUAGUGCAAGUGAACGCGGGUGAUCGCGGUGUGGGGUAGUGGAUAGGGGACAAGUUUAGUCGCAACAAAAUUGUGAACCCGCUACAAAGUAUGUGAGAAAAGAAGAAGAGCACGAAGGAAGGAGUGAAAGAGCCUUACCGCAAACGCGAGAGAGAAACUGAUCGCCACGGCACGAGGCAACGUUUAUUUUUACCACCAUUCGAUAGAGCAAAUUUUAUCACCUCUAGUGGCCGAACGUGGGAGCGCUAGCGAACGCGCGCGCGAUUGAACAAAGCUGGGUGUAUGAGAGUGUGUGUGAGCGCAGCAAAAAAAAACAUUUUUUUUGUGUUGAUUAUUUCCCAGCCGCGAUGAUGAUUGGCGGGGAACACAUUAGGCGAUUAUACUCGCGGCAUGCGCUGCUCGACCCGAUUGACGUCCAUCCUUGAGCUUGUCCGGCUUGUCUUCUUCUUAUCUCGCGCCGCUAGUCACCCCCCCAUAAAAAACAUUACGAAAAAGACCAGGUAAAGCAAGUGCUGUCGUCAAAUCGUGUCCCGGUGGUCUCACACCACAAACAAGUAGAAUAAACAAAGUACACACCCACACAAACAAGACAAAAACUGCUGAAAGGAAAAGUGGAAUCAUAGCUGUGAAUAAUUGUAAGCUUUAUCGUGAUAAGAGACACAACAACAAAACAGAGAAAGGAGUUCAAAACUUUAGAAGAUUAAUAUAUAUACACAUCUAUUCGUAGCCUAUUUGGUGGUUAGUGCCAAGCUUUCUGCGAACGAAAGUGCGAUUAGCUCUUAAAUCCCCGCGUUUAAGAUUGCCUCAAUCCAUUUUCCGUUCCCUUUAAACAAUCUUUUGUUUGUUCUGCUUUUAUUUCUCGAUUUUUGUUUUUGUACAUAUUAUACACGCUUAGUUCCCUUCUAUGUUUUCUAUAAAAGCGCGACAUUAAUCACACAAGUCUUCCAUUAGAUCGAAACAAAAGCAAACGCAAUCAGGCAAUACAUACUCUUCCUAGUAGGAGAGGUUAGAGCCCCAUUAGAGUAGUAGUAGCAGUAGAAGGUGGUAGAAAAACGUCGCCAGCCAAAGUCGCAUUAUGUAAUAUGAUUAUUAUUAUCAUUAUUUUUACCUUCAUUUGAGAUAGUGAGCGAAUAAGUUGAUCAUCAUCCACGGAUCACCGCGCGUGUUUGCACAGGCGCGCAGACGAUUGAGCUUCACGCUUUUAGGUUUCCGUUCUUCUUGUGUACAUUUUUAUUUUCCCUUCGAAUAGAGUGUAAAGUUAGGUUGUAGAGCAGUGAUAGGCAUUAUUAUUUAUAUGUGACAGUAGGAGCAUUGAUGCAGAGGUAUUUUCUGCGAUGGAAUGAAGGAACGCUAAAACCAAUGUAAUUUCGUGUAAAUAUGUGUAGAGUAGAGUGAUAUCUGACGAUUGUUGAAAUUGUGUAGAAAGAUGGUAACAUAUUUUAUAAAACAGAGAAAAUUUAAUAGAAAGAAUAUAAAAUAUUUUUCAAAUGCAA